UUUACUUUUACAUUUAGACUGUAUACACUUAUAUGCUCGUAUGAGAAGGUUUUAUACCAUAUAGAGUACUUAUAUCCAUAUGCGCAUAAUUAUACGUGUCGCAGGUUCAUUCAUUAAGCGGCGUUGGUGUUACGGUAAUGGGGCAAAUCUGGCUUAAAUAUUAUGGUGUUUGUCUAACUUCAUAUUGAACUCAUAACACACUCGAAGCACACGUAAACCGCGUUCAUUCAUUUAGAGGCAUACAUAGGCAUACGAUACGGAGUUUGCGUUAGGACUUUGGCCUUAAGUCUUCGACUAUGACCGCAACCACAUAGAAUAGGACCAGAUAUUCACUUUGGAGUUUCCAAACGUCUCGAGUGCGGUAAUCCGCCGCACCAGAUAAAAUACGGUGGCCCAUUUACGUUAGCUAACAUAUGCCGUUGGGCUGCACCUCUCCCUCAUGCAAAAUGCAUGCGAUCGCCGUUUCGUUGCUCUCACUUUUCUCCGCGCUUUCUCUUUCUUUCUCCCGGCGGUCGGCGCACGGAAAAUAUUGAUCGCGAAAUGAGCAAGUGGACGGUAAUAAGAAGGGUACAGCUAUGCUGAGUGCGCAGUAUAUAGGCAGCGUGUUUAUACGAAAGGAAAGCGGUUUAAAUGAGUCAGUUGUAGGCUUGUAGCAAAUUAUAUACAACGCCGUUCAGAGUUGUGCAUAUAUGGGUUUAAGCGGUAUAUUGAAAUACGUUUGGGCGAAGGUCGAUUUUCACGCUAAUCAAGAUAAGACCUAAAACGUAUUCCGUGGUUAUGUUGUGUAAUAGGUUGUAAAUGUCAUGUGUAUAUUAUAUGGUGUAACCGCAUAUACCAUGUUUAAAGUUCUUUUAUCGGAAACUGGUAGAAUUAAUGCAACGGAUGCUGCUGUCAUGUUAUUGAAUAGGAUAUACAACAUACAUGUUCUGGUCCAACACAAGCGUUAGCAUGGCGGACACGACCAUGCACUCGUGUUCUUGCGUUAGUGGUUGCCGGUGCUCGACACUGAACAAAGACACGGUGGAUAUGACGGCACGAAGCACAGACGGGACGAUUGUUACUUACUCGAAAGAUACAGACGAGGUGAAGUCACGCCCAGGCAGCCCGAAGAUGGGAAAAGUUCGUUCGAAUGUGACUAAACCAACGACCUCCGAAUCCGAUAAUAUAGCUGGGUGUUCUUUAUUUAAAUCUAAACCUGCUGUAGGAGGUAGGGUUAAAGAAGGUACGGCUUUUCAUGUCCUGCAGCCGCACUCGCACAAGCGGCAUUACCAGCAACAUAUGCUGGACCAUUUCACGUCGCAAGAUUUUCUCCGCAAGCAGGAGCGCCUUCCUCGUCGAGCAGUGUGGACUGAACUAGCACCUGUAACGACAGUUUGCGAAUACAAAGACACAAACUUUCUCACACAGACGACCUCCGAGGAGCAGCGACGAGCAAGUCACCCCCAAACUCGCCCCACCUCUUCGCGUGGUCGGUUGGGCCGCUUCACGCAAGAAAGCAGAGACGGCAUUUUUACCACCGGCCACUUUGCCGCCGACCCCCAAAUGGAAUUACUACACAAAGGCACUGUGUUGAAUAUAGACAAUAUAAAAUUAAAAAACGAAAUCGACCAAAAAUCUGCGAAACCUAUAACCCUUGUUAGUUCAAUUUACCAAGGAAACACUGGGACCAAAACGCGUCGUGCUGCAGAUGCACGAAAGCACGAUUGCUCAUUUUAUCGAGGAAAACCUACCCGACACAAAUUUCACAAAAGCUUGGUGAUGAAUUAUCCAAAGUUUGGACAACCUUUGCAAAAUCGUGGAGGUUACUGCCAGACAAGUAAAACUAGAGGCAAAAAUAGAAGAUCAAUUGCAUCUCUCACUGAAAUGCAGCAAAUGGUAAACGUCACGCUCGUUGAUGUUGCCACACAAACUUAUUCAUUAACUGAAAACAUAGAAACAGUAAAACCUACAACAGAUUAUGUUGUCCCUACCAGCACGGGGCUCAGUUUUGAGCUUUCCGACAUUCAGAAUUCUUCGUUCUCUGCUAGCAGCACGCCUCUCACAUCACCUACGUCAUCUGCAUCUGAACUGCUAGCCGAUGAACCUAUAUUUGAAAAAAAAGAAGAUUUCCCUGAAUGUGCUGUCCAACAAGAGCGCGUCAAACCAAUUACUUCGAAACAAGAGUUAAAGCAACGAAUGUCGAAGAACCGAAAAGACAUGCAGAGCUUGCGUUCGUACGUGUUUUCUUUGGAAACGCAUCACCCGGAGCUAAAACUUCCAUUUUUAGCAGUUCUUAACGAGCUGGAGCAAGUGUCUGCUGAAGGGUACGAACUUUAUGAUGAGUUUGACGACUUUCCCAACGAGGAUAGAAUCGAAGUGAUGCGACUAAGUAAAGAAGUUCGGGCGUACAAACGAGCGUGCAAAGUGCUCGAAUACCAAGUUCGUAAAUUUGAGCAGCGGCCAGAGAACUGCGACGACGAAAUAGGACGGCUCGCAGACGAGGUUAAACUAAGUCGACACGUUGCCGUAUCUUUGCAUUACGAACUACAAGCCGCUGAAAAGAAGUUACAAAAGUUGCUAUCCGAAAACGAAGACUGUAGAGUGAAGGUAAUUGGUGCUGAGACCAGAAUAGAAGUCUUAGAAAAAGAAGACCGUCGUCUUAGAAAUGCUGUUGACCAAUUAAGCUUACAUGCGUCUUCUACUACGACCAGUUGCGAUGUUCUUGAAUUUGAUAAAAAUUCGAUACGAGAGCUGAAAAUAAAGCUUCAGUUCAAAGAGGAAGAGAUUAAGUCCGUUCUGUUGAGACUUGCCCGGACAGAAAAAGAGGUUGAAAAAUACAAAGAACAUCACGGAAAGUGUAAAGUAGCGACAGCCACUUCAGGCGAGGGGGAAAAAACGGAAGGCUUUGUACAGCACAGCGAACUAAAGCUUAAAUUGAAUGAUGAUCAAGCCACUGCUCUGGGACGGCGGGUUAUUGCACUGGAACUGGAAAACGAAAGUUUAGGAAAACAACUGAGAGAUGCCCUGGAUAGGAGCAGUGAUACUUCGAGAAGACCGAGUUCGAGUGAUCUUCAGUUCUUGGAGGACGAAGUGGAAGUACUCCGGAACGCGGUACAUGAUCUGGAAGAUGAAAACUUCAUCUUGAAGACUCGUCUGGUUGAGCUGAAACAUCAACUUUCUCAAAAAAGCGACGAACUAGAAAAAGAGAAGUCUCGGAAAACGUCACCACUGAAAGAAGGAGAACCUUCAAUAUCCGAAGAAACAUUAAGCGAGCAUACGAUUUCAAACCGGGAUUUUAACACUAGCUCUUUGAACAUCGCACCGAGAUACAUGGCUAUUGACGAAGGAACGCAGACUUUUCCACCUGCCCCUAAAAGCCUUCCCAGUCCAUCUCCAGUGAAAGAAACCUUCAGUGAAAGCCGAUCUUUGGUUCAAGAGAUCUCUUACAUUCUCAGCCACACGGAAAACGUGGAAGAGGUUGUGUGUGAACUGCGGCAACUGGCGCUCGCAACCCGCCAUCUGCUCAACCAAUCUCCGUGCCGACAAAGACAACAACCCCAAGAAUUCCAAUCGAGUUUGAAACUUGUCGUCGCUGACUCUGUACUCCAGCCAGUGGAUAUUUCGGAUGAUGAAAACGAAGACGAAGAAAUAGAGUUUAAAGUUGGAGCGACACCGACAGCUCCAUUGAUAGCUCCACAUCAAGUCACAGAAUUUUCCACAAGCCCCAAUCCCGAUUUCCGUGUUCACGAUUACAUAGUAACAUCAUUGAUUGUGUACAUACUAGUUACCACCUUACCCAUCUUAACUUCUUUCAAAUUAUUAUUUCUUUUGAUUCUGUUCUUCAUUGUGUAACUCCCACUGUUGGCCUCACCUUUAGAAAAUUUAACAAGUUACUUUUUAAUCGGUGCUUUUAGUUUUUCCAAGUAACACCACAAGUUACCUAUUUUCCUGCAAUUGUCCUGAAUUAGUGUAUAGUAGGUUGGGGUAAGAUGGUACUUUUUAAAACCUCGUUUAUCAUCCUAUUUGGUAGUAAACAAAUUAUUCCCAGAAUUUUAUAACUGUAUUAUUAUGACUGUAAAAAGCUUGUUAAAAUUAUAAACACAAUUUAAAACAUUGGACAUUAUGUACUAAUGGGUCGAAUGGGAUAAGUACACAUUGAAAUUUAUGCCAUCUUACCCCAUAGUACUAUUAGCUUUACCUGUUCAUAUAGGUGUUGUUGUUAUUUUGCCAAAUUCUCUCAACGUGCUUUCCUGUUUUAACUCUUAAUUAUCUGUAAAACAACUGGUUUUCAUUUUAAGCUACGUCUGUAUGAACAUAUCACCCAAAUUUCAUGUUUAUCUUCUGUUAG